UUGGAGAGAAAGAGACCGACAGAGAGAGAGAGAGAGCAAUGCAUAAGCUGACAGUGGGAGAAGCAGCAUUACUAGAAGGAUAAAGCUGUAUGAGACAUUGGCUUUGUUCAGCCGCAGUAGAACGUAUCUAUUUUCCACCCAGGAAACUAAACCAGAGACUUGUUGUAUGCAACCACAAAAAAUAUAUAUAGGAUCCGGUUGCACACACCCAGAGAAUGAAAGCAAGGACUGGGUCAACCACUACUAAUGUGCGAAUCACUAGCUGCAUUCAAUCACAGAAAUUACAGAUAGGACUGACUGAAUACAGCCACAGAUAAUAUACCAGCAUUGGUUCAGCCUCUAAGUUGCAUCAGGGACUGGCAGUUACAAUCCCGCCAAACAUACCAAGGACCUCGGUCGAGGAAAUAAAUGUAAACCUGACAGCUGCAGCCACAGUAAAUACGAGCAUCAGGGAUUGACUCAGCUGGUGAGUCGGAACAAAUAAAUCGGUAAAGGCUGGAUUUCGAAUUAGUUGAGAAUUUGCUCCUUUCGGAAUCUUUGAAGGUCAUUUCCGGGUGCCAUUUUGCGGAAAAAUUAAGUUGAACUAUUUCCAAUGGGAUUUGAAUUGAUCUCCACAGACCAGACCAGACCAGUACAGUCUCUAAUUUUUGAGAAGGUCUUCAUUAAAUACAUCCCUUAUACGUCUUCACUUUCCUUAAUAAGAAAAUGGUGGAAUUGUCUUUUUAUUGAUUAAACCUAGAGCCAUCUGAGAUACCUGUCAACUUUCUUAAUGCAACAAUGACUGUGGCAUGAUGUAGGAGUUUGUAGACUGUAGCCAUCAUUCAGUUGCCAUGGUUUUGUACACAUCCGCUUUUCCAAACUCCUUCCUACAAACUCUCCAUUCCCUAGCCUGGACAUUUAUAUUUCCCUGCUAUUGGUUGACCGAUCGACUGUUGGUUUCCUUUCUGCCUACGACCUAUGAGAAGCAUCAAAGGGGAGAUGAUCCAUGUUACCUGCGGGUGCUCUGUCUUGCAAUUAUCAUUCCCAUUUGCCUGGCAUUACUGAUUGCUUCUCUGCCAUUUGCAUUGAUAGGCUUUGUGGUCUGGGCCCCUCUCCAAUCUGCUCGUAGACCGUACAUUUACUCAAGAUUUGAGGAGAAUUGUGAUGCCAGCACAGCAACAGGGCCUGGCUAUUGGAAAGCAGCAGGUGGGAGAAGCUUCUGCUUUGCCACGGCCAACGUUUGUCUAUUGCCCGAUUCCUUGGCCCGCUUCACCAACCUCUCCAAUACCCAAAUUAGAUCCUCUGAGGUUGGCAAAAGAAUACGAAAUGGCGCCAGCCGACCUCAAAUUAAAAUUUACAUUGACUCCCCGACCAACACAUCCAUAAGUGCAGCAAGUUGGAGCAGCCUGGCAUGCCCUCAUGGCGGAGAUAAUGCCAAUCGUGCAAACAGUGUGGGCAUCAAACGAACUUCCUCUAUGGACUACAAAGGAGACAACUUCAUUGGCAACUACAGUGAUGAGGGCAAGGACUGCAAGUCUGGAGAGGAACAAAGUGAUGGAGACAGCAAUUCCUGCAUUGUUCGCGUUGCUGGCGAUGAGGCAGUCCACUUUCCUGACAAGGAGGUGGAUAUUUCUGGUGUGCAGGUCACCAUAACUGAACCUUCAGAACAGCUAGGAGAAGCUGAGACUGAAGAUGAGAAGUUUCAAAACUCCAACCAUAAACAUAGAGAAGGAGAUGGUGUCAGUUUAGAUAGCAACACCACUUCCAGAGAAUCUCUGAUCAAGUUUAAGAUCGCUGAUGGUGCAAUGGACAGCAGUGGUGCCACCAAUAACAAAUUUGUCUACAAAGCCUCAGUCAUGAAGAAAGCGUCACUGAAGAAAAGGAGGCACCUGGGUGACACAUUUGACCAUGAGCUUUCAGCUUUCUUCCCUGCUAAUCUGGACUUCCUCUGCCUACAGGAGGUGUUCGACAAGCGAGCAGCAGAGAAGUUGAAAGCACAAUUAAACCCCUACUUUCAAUACAUACUGUAUGAUGUGGGGAGGUAUGCUUGGCACAGCUGCUGCAGCUUCAAGUUUUUGAACAGCGGGCUAUUUUUUGCAAGCCGUUACCCAAUUUUAGAUGUUGAAUUUAAAUGUUAUCCUAAUGGGAAAGGAGAUGAUUCGCUGGCAGACAAGGGUGCCCUGUUUGUGAAGGUACAAGUUGGAACUACGCCUCAGGACCAAAGGAUUGUGGGUUACGUUUCCUGCACUCAUUUGCAAGCUCUGGCAGGAGAUGCUGCCAUUCGCUGUGAACAGAUGGACCACCUGCUGGACUGGCUGGCUGAGUUCCAAAAAUCUACCUCUUCAUCAAGUCCCACCAAUCCAGAGGAUCUGCUGGCGUUUGAUGUCUUGCUGGGAGAUCUUAACUUUGACAACUGCUCCUCAGAGGACAAAUUAGAACAGCAACAUUCAUUAUUCACCCAUUACAAGGAUCCCUGCCGUCUAGGCCCUGGAGAAGAACAGCCCUGGGUCAUCGGUACCUUAAUGGAUCCAGAGGGACUAUAUGAUGAAGAUACUAUCACACCAGAUAAUCUGCAGAAGGUGCUGGAGAGCGAAGAAGGGCGCAGGGAGUACAUGGUCUUCUCCAACAGCAGGAAUCAACCAUCUUGUCAGAAAGGAAGAAAAGUACCACAGAAGAACUGUGGAAGGAGGAUCGACUAUGCGUUGUACUCUGAGGAAGGCCUCAACCCUGACUGGAAAGUGGAAGUGGAGGAGUUCAGCUUUGUCACCCAGCUGGCUGGCCUGACUGAUCAUCUAGCCGUGGCCAUGCGUCUCUCAGUAUCAACUGGAGAAGAGGACCCUUGACUUCAGGAGGCAGCAAAAACCAUUCGGGAAAAUGUUAUCCACGUGGGAACAAGGGUAGUUUGCAUUUCAGGUGCACAGAUAUGGAUGACACCUGAUCAAACCUAGCCCAAGGCCUCCCACUCGAUUUGUUUAUAGAAAUUAUUUUAGAAGAAGGUAUCGUGGGCAAUGAUCAAAGAUGGUUGUUUCCAUGUUCUACUCCAGGAGGUUGAGGCCUUGCUAUGGACUCCCAGAAUAGUGGAGUAUGAAAAAUGACUUAGAUAUUCCUCACUGCCUUGGACUAGUGCCAUUCUUGAGGUGUUCUUUUUUCUAAAUGCCCAGCACAACUUAGUUUGUGACCAGUCUGUAAAUGUGUUUGAUGUUCCUUUUUUUGCAUAAUCCUUUGUAUAACUUUCAACCAAGCUGUCACUUUUUUGCCUUUCAAUAAGCAUGGCUACAUGGCACCGACACAGUCAGUGUUAGUUUGUGCCGCAUUCCUAACAGCUUUAGUGCAUGUCCCCUCUCUGACAGUAUGUGUGUGUGUGUGUGUGUAUUUAUCUACAUAUAUCUUAAAGCCAAGAGUCAGCAGGCAGAUGCAAUUAGCUGCAGUCACAGGUCUAGACCCUUCUGUCAAUUGUUACUCUGAUCACAGUCACUCAAAACCCACCCUUGCUGGUAUUUCAGGUGUGGAUGUCAUGUGACCUUUGACAUACAGUCUCAUGAAAAACCCCUCAAACAGGGUCAGCAAGGAAGGGAAACUGACUGUCAUCACCAAUCAAAAAAUGAUUAUGCUGAAUUUUGUCUGGUUUAAUGUAAUCCGCACUCAAGACCAGUUCACAACAGAAGCUCAGUCUAAAUAUCAGCUUCAUCUUGUGGCUUCUGUACAAACUGUUGAGACUAGCAGCAUUCUUAUUAAGCUGAGAGGUAGGAGAAGGUAGAAGAGGAAGGAUGGAGGUAGGGAGCUGUCCCACCUUUGGUCUAAUAAACAGAUACAGGAAGAUAAUCAGAAAUAAAAACAGAAAAUGCUGCAAGUUAUAACAGCUUAUGGGGAGAAACAGAAUUAACAUUUUAGGCCUACUUGCUGAGUGUUUCCAACAUAUUCUGUUUUUAUUCAGAUUUCCAGCCUUCAGUAUUGUAUGGUUUGACUGGGGGCUGAUAAUCAAUCCUGUCUGGUCACUGUUGCUCCAACAGGAAGUUACCAGCUCUAAAACCCCACUUCUAUCACCACCACCCAUUUGCAGUGCUGAGUAUUUAGUGCAAACUUUUGCAACUUAAUUUUAAGCCAUGUCUUUCACUUUUCAAGAAUUGCAUCCUUGAUCUAUCAGCAGUUAAGGGAGUGAGGGCUAUGACAGGGAGCAUUGCCAACAUUGUCAAAAGUGAAUACAACCUCUUCUUGGGAGGAUGACAUUGAGCACUGCUGACCCUGUGUGAGGGGUAUGCCAGUAAUCAUGGGCCAUACUACCUGAUGGAUAUACAGUUAACACUUCAACCCUAUCCAAAGUAAGUCAAACAUCCCAAUUACAACACAGCUCACAUGACAUGCAUAAUACUUUGUCAGAUGAGCAUGUUCAUUAUUUUUCUCCUUAUUCUUCCCCCUUCAUGUAACCUCUGAGAGCUAUGUAAUGCCCUUUGACUGACACUAAGACACAGACAUUGCACCAGAAAACUCUUUCUUGUGGUCAAUGCUAGGACUCUGUAAAGUAAUAACAUUGUACAACAAUCCAAACAUAAAACACAAUUGUGUGUGCGCGUGCACGUUGGUUGUAGCACCAUUGAAAAUAAUGAAACAUUCCUAAAAGGAGUAUUGUUAGUCCUUGUGCAGAAAACAGCUCCAACCUCUGUAGUUUUUGCCCUGUGUAGAAUGGUAGUAGACAUUUGAAUGACUGGAGCAGCGACUCCACAAAAAUCCCCACACUCAGUGAGGGGGUAGCCCAGCACAUCAGUACAAAAGCAAAGGCUGAUGGACUCGCAGAAAUCUUUAGCCACAAAUUCCAUGUGAGUGAUCCAUCUUAGCCUCCUCUUGAGGAUCCAGCUUCACAAAUGCUAUUCGUCGAUCAAUUCAAUCGACAUGAGAUCAAGGCACUGGAUAUUGUAAAGGCUUUGGGCUCUGGCAACAUUCUGAUAACAACGCUGAAGACUUGUGUUUCAGAACUAGAUGUUACUCUAACCACGUUGUUACAGCCACAACACUUGCAGCUACACUACAAUUUGGAAAACUUCUCUGGUAUGUCCUGUUCACAAAAAAAUAGCAAAAAUCCAAUCAAGCCAAUUGCAGACCCAUGAGUCAAGUGACACUUGUACUACAAUAAUCUACUCUUUGACAAUUUUGGGUCCCUAAAGGUCCCUUAGCUCCAGACCUUAUUAUAUCCUUAGUUCAAACAUUGGGACAAAAGUGCUGAACAUCAGAAACAAGGACAGAUUGACUGGCUGACAUCAAAGACAUUUGUCCAAGAAGUCAUGUAUUUGGAAAGGCAAGGACUGAUUCGGGAUAGUCAACAUGGUUUUGUGCAUGGGAAAUCAUGUCUCACAAA